GUCAUAAUGGCGACAUCAAUGAUAAGAAUUCCUCUUUACAAAGUUAUCCUUGUUGGUGAAGUUGGUGUGGGAAAAUCAUCGGUUUACACUCGUUUUAAAAAAGAUUUCUUUAACCCCCUUGGAACGCCAACCCUCGGAGUGGACAGUUUUACUGAACAGGUUUUAGUGGACGGUGAGCAUUGCAAGCUUUAUAUCUGGGAUACUGCAGGUUUGGAAAGAACYGGUUCCCUCACAUCGCAUUACUAUCAUGCAGCUCAUGCUGUGUUGCUUAUGUACUCUGUGGAAGAUCUGACAUCACUGAACAUGAUUUCACACUGGAUUGAAGAUGUUGAACAUUAUGCAAGCUAUGCCAUUAAAUUCUURGUUGGCAAUAAAAGUGAUGUGGAUAAAGAUGACUGGGAGGUUUCAGAAGACAAAGCACAAAAGUUUGUAGAGGGCAGRAAUUUUGUUGAAAAGUAUUGUGUGUCUGCAAAGACUGGUGAUGGAAUCAAAGAAAUGUUUGAUGAUAUAGCAAGACAUUUGAUGAAGCAUCAAAUCUCACCAUCUAAACCAAUGAAUGAUGCUUUCCACCCCUCUACAGAGGAAUCACUAGAUUUACGACAACCUCAAGAGAAUGGUUCAUGUUAUUGCUAGUGAUUAGUUCUCAGCAUAUAGCUAUAACAAAGGUACAAAGAGAAACAGCUAAAAGGUGUCUGGAAUGUUAAAAUUGUCUUGUAAUGAAAUUAAAAAUUUUUUUUAGAGAACUUUAACAUAAUUACAGUGGAUUUCACAAAAAUUUGCAGGUUACAUACUAGAUUUAAGAGAUUUAUUUUAAAAAUUUGUACAGAACAACUUCAUUUGAUGCCUUAAAAUUUAAAAAAAAUUAAAUAUUGUUAAAACAGCUUUACUUAAAGGGCUACUUGGACGAAAAUUGCAAAACAUUA